AUGGCCCGACAAAGUGUGCUUCUGCGAUUAUGCUAUGCAAGCUACUUGCUGCUGCCUGCGAUCUUGCAGGGCUGCAAAAGCUCUGAUGAUGGCAAAGGUGGCAAGGCUUCCUGUGGAAAGGAAGACCUGCUGUGCUUGUGCAAGGCGGAUUGCGAAUCAACAUGUCACAAUUUCAACAUUACCAAGAUGGCAGAUGGCACAGAGUGUGCCAAGUGCAUGACUUCAAAAUGUGCAGAGGAGGCCAAGGGACUUUGCCCACAGGACCGAGUCUCGCUUUGUCACAACUGUAUCACGGAUGGUGCUUGGUGCUGGGCCACAACAUGGCCCACUUGUGUGAAGCAGUGCUUGGAAUGGUGGGAUCCAAUUGAAUGCACACAAUGCUGGCUGACGAAUUACACGUCCACCUGUCUCGGAAAAUAUGACCAUUGCUUCGAGUCUCAAAAGCCAAAUCCUUUGCUGGAAUGGUUGUUCAAAGAGAACAGUUUAAAUCUGAGUUGA